AUGCCUGUGACCGCCAGCUUGGUGCAGUCGGGCAUCCUCCUUGCAACUUACGAACUUGCUAUAAAGCGGCCAGAGCUCGCAUACAUCACAGUCCGCACUGCAGGCAAUAUGCAUCAGAUCUUGCGGAGCACUACAACAUUGGCAAUGUCGCAAUCGACCGAAGCACAAGAGCUUGAGAAGGCUGAAAUGUAUAACACUUCACGUGGCCUUGUCAUUAUGCACAUAUUGAUCACACUUGAGGCAACCCAACAGCUGCAAAUCGACCUUGCUAGUUCCCCACACUGGAAUGAAAUCGAUCUACCCCCUUCUCAUGCUCAGAACCAACUGGAUCCGGUAUUGCUCACAGCGACGAACUUCGAACCUUCUGUCCAAGCGGCAAUGAAGGCCUUUCGGGGAGAUGGCUUCCACCGCUUUCUGCAAGCAUCGAUGUGCCUCCAGCAAGUAAUGCGCUACAUGAGCUUGGAAGGCGCAAUUAGUGAAACAAUCAGAUCUCUUGACUUAUUGGAUGAGAAGAUCCAAUCUUUCUUGAAAGAUGUGAUGCAGGAGACACUCUUCAUGCUCCACAAAGGCAUUCUGAAGCUGAUGCAGCGAGAGACUGCACCUGAAAGCGUCUUGUUGCAGCAAGCGAUCAAGUCCGGACGGACGUACCAGACGGCUGUGAGGAUGAUAGCAAAUGUUGCCAGGAAUCACAUGGACCUCGUGGAAAACAUCGCCAUUAUCCCAAUAACUGCUUUUUAUAGUAUGCAAGAGGCGCUGGACCAUCUCCAGAAUCUCAACGUGCCCAGCAGUAAUACAGAAAGGGAAGACAUCCAAUCGCUGUUAGCCAUGACGCAAGCAUUUGACAACAGAUGGGGCGUUCCUAGAAGCAUGACAGCGGAUGGCAUACUAUAA